CCGACUCAUUCACGCCCGUUCCUCACUUGCCUCUGAGCUCCUGCGACAACGGUGGAUCUCGCAGCCCCGUCGCCUCCGUCGACAUCGCCGGCGGGCAUCCUCGCCGCUGCGGAGGAUUGAUGGCUGAGAUGGCGGCUGAUGGUGGGCAUGGUGGUGGGAAUCACCCAUUGCGUUGGACAUCUCCAAUGUCUGGGUUCAUGCUACGUCGAUUUGUAGAGCUCAUUGCUGGUGGAGUGAAGACGGACAAGGGCUUUAAGGAGGUGCAUCUAAACCAAGUGGCUAAGAAUUGUAGUGAGCACUUUGGUCUUUCCAUAACUGGGACCCAAGUGUACAACCACCUCCGCAAGUGGCGUGCUAGGUGGGUGAAGAUAAGUAAGCUCCGAGACAUUAGUGGGUCACUUUGGGAUGAUACCAACUAUGUCAUAUCGCUGGAGGAAGAGCACUACCUGGGUCAUAUCAAGGACCAUCCCAAAGAUGUUGAGUAUCUCAAUGUGCCUUUAGAGAAUUAUGUUCAGAUGCUUGCUAUUUUUGGGAGUGGUAUUGCUACAGGAAGUGCUACUGGUGCUGCUCAUGGGGAAGAUGGUGGUGUUGCUGCUCAUGGGAAGGAACCAUGUAAGGAUGCGUCUAGCUCCAUUGGCAAAAGGAAGAGGGCUAGCCUGAUGAGUGAAGAAGAAGUUCUGGUCAUGAGCAACAUGUCCGAUGCAGUCUGUGAAGUUGCUAUUGCUAUCAAGUCCACCGGAGAGGCACAUCCUAAACUUUACAAUUCUGUCAUGGAGCUCCCUGGUUUAGCGAGGAUGAUCUAUUGAUUGUCUUGGAUUAUCUCAAUGAGAACGCCAACAGGGCUAGGAGCCACUCAUUCGUGCAGAUGUCAGAGACUCGUCGCACUCGUUGGGCCAUUCACCACCUCUCCAAAUUCAACGAUGGAGUAUCCAUGCCCAAGGAUGGAGUGCCCAAGGAUGGAGUGCCCCUGGGUGGAGCGCCCAAGGAUGGAGUGUGACAAAUAUGUGCUAAUUCACACCAAGCUGACCAUAUUUUACUGUAUUUGGUCAGAAAAACCAUGCCCCCUAUAUAUGUGAUGUAUGAAAUGUAACAUGGACCUUAUGUUAUGUUUCUUUGUUGGACUGUAAUAUGGAUAAUAUGGAUUUCUGGCUAUCUAAUAUGUGAACUCUAGGAUUUAUUGGACUGUAAUAUGACCAUAUGGAUUUGUGGCUCUA